UAAUGCAGCGAACAUGGUCAAAGCUGCCGAUCUGAACAAGUGGACCAGGCUACAGUGCUUCGGCCACAGACUGCAUCUUGCAAUUGGUGAGUAAUGUCCAUGAUCUUUAUCCAAAAUAAAUAUAAUUUUUUUACUCAGCUGUUUUACUUAAUAACCUGUCCUGAACCUGACAAAAAUUGUAAAAUGAAUUUGUUGCAUGUGUGUACGUAGAGCUUUAAAACGUAAGGAAAAAACAGACACUAAACAUUUAAUUUUAAACAACUUAUUAUUGAAUCAGUGGCAAAAAAAUAGUUUUAUGAGCACAUUUGAGGAGCUCUUUUCCAAAACGCGAUAACUCCAUUACAAUAGUUUUCAGGGAAAAUUUUUUUUUUUUUUACCUAGACCAUGUUGUGAAUUCAAUUUAUCCUGUUAAAAUGUUUUUGCUUAGUCUGAACAUGUUGAUUAAUGAUUAUUAAAUCAAACGAACUAUAUUGUUGUUGAUAAAUUCAAAUUUAUUUUUCUUUUCAAAAUGCUAUAAUUCCAUCCAUUUUUCCCAAAAAUUGAUGGUUGUCUUUUUUUAAAAGACUUUUGUCUUUUAUUUUUCAUGUUCGCAGUUAUUAAUAAACAAUUAAAAUGUCUCAUUGCAAUAUUUUACAUAUUUUGUUUGUUUUCUCCGCUUAGAAAAUGCAGUGAAAAAGGAUGGCCGCAUUGAUCGUGCUAUAGGAGUCUGCAAGAAGCUGGUGAGCCACUUCUCUCACAGCUGGAAGGCCAGCGACGCCCUAGCAAAAGUCCAGAAGGAACUCAGUCUACCAUCACAUUGUCUCAUCUCAGAAUGCCAAACAAGAUGGGGUUCCAGACAGAUGAUGAUCAGCAGGAUAUUAGAGCAGCAGCAGGCUUUAACUCAGGUCCUGUCUGCAGACAAGAAGCUGCGGCAUCUAAUUCCAACCUGGCAAGAUAUAGAUGUGCUGGAAUCUGUAAGCAAGUCACUGGGCCCAAUGCUGGAUUUCACUGAUGCACUUUCAGGGGAUGAAUACGUCAGUGUCUCCUUUGUAAAGCCAGUUCUUCAGCUCUUCAACACUUCACUACUGGAAAUGCGAGAAGAAGACACAGACCUGACCAAGAACAUAAAAAAGAAGAUGCUGGACUACCUCAAUGAGAAAUACGAAGAUGAUGAUACUCAGAAGCUGCUAGAUAUGGCAUCUUUUUUGGACCCCCGGUUCAAGAUGGACUUCAUCAGUGCAGACAAGAAGACCCAAGUUAAGGCCACAGUGGCAUCACAGAUGAUGGAAUGCCAGAAGAAAUCAAGCUGCAGCACUGAUGUGGAGCCCAACGUUACCAGUGCAACCCAGGCAAAGAAAGCAAAGAAGUCACUGGGAAGCUUCUUUAAACAGAGAGAAACUGAAGCAAAGGGUGAUUCCUCUCUGACCCUAAAGGAUGCUUUGGAAGCAGAGUUAAACACUUACCUGCUAACACCUCCAAUAGACAAAGAGGAGGAUCCACUUGCAUGGUGGAAAGUACACAAACUAAGCUUUCCUCAUCUCGCCAGACUUGCCCGCAAAUACCUGUGUAUUCCUGCGACAAGCUCGCCGUCAGAGAGACUUUUUAGUACUAGUGGCAACAUCGUCACUUGCCAACGAACCUGUCUCAAGCCUGCAAAGGUUGAUAGACUUGUGUUCUUAGCUAAAAACCUUGAGUAAGCAAAGCAUACAGCAUACAUAAGCAUGCAUGAUCAUGAUCAUGCUAAAGAAUACUCAGUUUAGUUUAAGUUUCAAGUUUUAUUUCAUUUUGUUUAGCCAUGAUUACCAUGAUGACCAACACUGUUUUACUUUGGCACUUUUGCUAAGAAAAGUUGACUUAAAAACAAAAGAUUGUGAACCAAAAUGCUUAUAAGUUGUUUUAUAAAAAAAAUAUAUUUAAGUUAUGUUAUGAACCAAUCAGGGGGGUUGGUGUUGUAAAGCUGCUGUUUAAAUGUGUUCAGCUUUUCUGUUUACAGGAAUAUUUUCUCUAAUCUGUUUAUAAGAUUUAAUACAAAAUAUAUUAAAGUUUUAUUUCAUUUUGUUUAUUUCAUAUAUUUAGCCAUGAUUAUGAUGACCAACACCAACACUGUUUUACUUUGGCUAAGAAAAGUUGACUUAAAAGAUUGUGAAC